GAAAAUGCGUCACCAGAGAGACGGAGAGCGGCGCUUUCACUGUGUCUGAAAGAAAUCCGAGCUGGCGAUGCCUGGAUUUGAUUUUCCAGAUAUUUUGAUUGCUUAAUCUGUGAAUGGCGCCUAAACAGGACCCUAAACCUAAAUUUCAAGAAGGUGAACGAGUGCUGUGUUUUCAUGGGCCAUUGCUAUACGAAGCUAAGUGUGUUAAAAUCAAUAUCAAGGACAAACAAGUGAAAUAUUUCAUUCAUUACAGUGGCUGGAAUAAGAACUGGGACGAAUGGGUUCCUGAAAGCCGUGUGCUUAAAUAUGUGGACAGCAACCUGCAGAAACAGAAAGAGCUCCAGAAGGCAAAUCAAGACCAUUAUGUGGAGGGAAGGAUGAGGGGGGUGGCACCGAGCAAGAAGAUCGCUGCUGUGCAGCAGAAAAACGUUGAUGUGAAAACAAAAAAGAACAAACAAAAGACACCAGGGGCUGGUGAAGGGACCAGCAGUGGGGAAAUGCCCCACCCACCACGCAAGAAGAGGGCCCGCGUGGACCCAACAGUGGAGAGCGAGGAGACCUUCAUAAACCGUGUGGAAGUGAAGGUGAAGAUCCCCGAGGAGCUGAAGCCAUGGCUGGUUGAUGACUGGGAUCUCAUCACGCGCCAGAAGCAGCUGUUCCACCUUCCUGCGAAGAAGAAUGUCGAUGCCGUCUUGGAAGACUAUGCAAAUUACAAGAAAUCAAGAGGAAACUCUGAUAACAGAGAAUAUGCUGUGAAUGAGGUUGUCGCUGGCAUCCGCGAGUAUUUCAACGUCAUGCUGGGAACCCAGCUCCUGUAUAAGUUUGAGCGGCCACAGUACGCCGACAUCCUGACCAACCACCCGGACACGCCCAUGUCCCAGAUCUAUGGAGCCCCUCACCUGCUCCGACUCUUUGUGAGGAUUGGUGCCAUGUUGGCCUACACACCUCUAGAUGAGAAGAGUUUGGCGCUGCUGCUAAGCUACCUGCAGGACUUCCUCAAGUACCUGGUGAAGAACUCCGCAUCACUCUUCAGCGCCAGCGACUACGAGGUAGCGCCGCCGGAGUAUCACCGGAAGGCCGUGUGAGGACCUCAGAGGACCAUGCAGGCAGAAGCAUUGCAUAUCAUCUCUGUUUUUGCCCUUUUUAAAAGGAAAGACAAGGACCCAACUUCUCUUUUUUCUUUUUUCAAAAGAAGAUGCCAGAAUCCAUUUGAUGAAGAUAAUGCAACUACAGCUCCACCACUGGUAGCUGUAGGUAGUUUGAGAUUUUCAGAAUCAGACUUGGCGGAGAUCACUUUUGUUUUUUUUUUGUGGAUUUGAGCUGUUUCCCCCCGACCUCUUCUCAAAACAAUGUUGGAAUUGCAGAACAAAAACAUUUGAUGAGGCCACAUCAAAAAAAUUGUGUUUUACUCCAACAUGCCACAAAACAAUGUCUGUCUUUGAUUUAUUGUUCUUUUAUAAAAAAUAAAAUCUUGUUUUCUUUUCUC